CUCACCUAAAAAGCAAACACCAAAACACUCAACACUUUGUGUAACGUUUAAUAUUUUAACAGUAAGCAAACAAGCCUUUUAGUAGAAGAAAAAAAAAACAAACCUCUCCCUUCGCUUCCUGGCUCUGUCCCUGGAGGAGUGAAGUGAGCCCUGGAGGGGAAGCUCUCAGCCGCUCUUGUGGGGCGGAGGCGGCUCUGCAAGUGGCCCCCACUUGAGUGUUUGCCUUAGAGUAGAAGGCACGGGGCUGACUCUGCCUCUUCUGGGGACGCUGUGCCUCAGUGUCGAGUGUUUUGAGGAACUUUUAACUUCCUUUCCUCGUGUACAUUUGCUUUCAUAACCAGAAAAGUUGUCCAGAUUUUGUAAUUCUGGGAAUCUCCUUUAAAUUCCUUUCUGCUCAAACAGAACAGACGCAAGUGAGGCGUUCGAUGGGACUUGGGACGCAGCCGGGCACGCACGAGACAGCCCGCCGGGUGCUAGAGGGAGACUGAUAAAUACCUCCAGAGGUGGAGGGGCUCAGGGAAUACUUUCUCUUUCUGAUUUCUAACGUUACGUUGUGGGAGCAAUAUAUACCAUUUUAUGAAGAUUUUACUAGUGUUAGGACAACACAGGGUUAGAAACGCGUCCUGGCUCGCGGCUUUCUUGCCAUGUGAGCCAGGCUGGGUCCUUCCUCCUCCUUUCUUCAUCUGUGGAAGAGUGGUGAUGGCAGAAGCCAGGGCUGGGUGAGCGUGUCUAACGUGAAAGCUCCUCAUAUUUCCACGUAUCAGGAGGGAACAAAGACCCACCCUGCAGUCUCUGUUUCCCUGCAUCCAUAUUUCUUUGUUACCAGAUCUGCUCUGUUUUAAGUAACACACUUGCAAGCUGUUUUGCCCAACUGUUCACUUUCUAACUCGGUGAGAGGUGCUUUUUGAUUAUUUUCCAAAUUAUGCUCUAGUGCCCUCCCUUUGCCCAGAGAUGCUGGGAGAGUCAUGCCAGCGAGUCCCGAGCCCCUCCUGAUGUCCCGUGAGGCGUCCGUCACCCCGCUGCACUUGAGAGGCCCGCAGGCCCCACCCCAGAGCCCUGGUCACAGAGCCUCCUCCUCCCGGCCAGUUCUGCCAUAGCCCCAGAGGGAGACCGCAGCCAGGAGCCUCUCCUGGGACCCAGGACCGUGAGCACCAGGGGCCUCUCCCACCCCCUGCGUCCUCGCCACCGCAGAGCUCUCAGGGCUCCCUCCACCCCUGCUGCCCACGUGCCCACCCUGGGUGGGCGCAGCCCAGUCCGCCCCCCGCCUUCGUGCCCGCAGCCUCCAGAACGCGGUGCUACCGUGUCCUGGGCACCGUGGGGUCCGCCUGAGCUCAUUCAGACCACCACCUUCUGCAGGAGGUGCACCGUGGCAGCCGCACUCCCGGCCUUCUGAUCAGCCCGAAGAUGGCCGUGCUCAGGCAGCUGGCCCUCCUACUCUGGAAGAACUAUACCGUGCAGAAGCGCAAAGUCCUGGUGACCGUCCUGGAGCUCUUCCUGCCCCUGCUGUUUUCUGGGAUCCUGAUCUGGCUCCGCUUGAAGAUCCAGUCGGAAAACGUGCCCAAUGCCACCAUCUACCCCGGCCAGUCCAUCCAGGAGCUGCCCCUUUUCUUCAGCUUUCCCCCUCCGGGUGACACCUGGGAGCUUGCCUACAUCCCGUCCCAGAGCGACGCCGUCAGGACCGUCACGGAGAUGGCGCGGAGGACACUGGUCAUCAACAUGAGAGCUCGCGGCUUUCCCUCGGAGAAGGACUUUGAGGACUACAUCCGGUACGACAACCGCUCCUCCAACGUGCUGGCCGCUGUGGUGUUCGAGCACACCUUCAACCACAGCGGGGAGCCCCUGCCGCUGGCGGUGAAAUACCACUUACGGUUCAGCUACACACGAAGAAACUACAUGUGGACCCAAACUGGCUCUUUUUUCCUGAAAGAGACGGAGGGAUGGCACACCACUUCCCUCUUCCCACUUUUCCCAAACCCAGGGCCACGGGAGCCCGCGUCCCCCGACGGCGGAGAACCUGGGUACAUCCGUGAAGGCUUCCUGGCCGUGCAGCACGCGGUGGACAGGGCCAUCAUGCAGUACCACGCCAAUGCCUCCACGCGCCGGCUGUUCGAGAAGCUCACGGUGACCGCGAAGAGGUUCCCUUACCCACCGUUUAUCUCGGAUCCCUUCCUGGUCGCCGUCCAGUACCAAGUCCCCCUGCUGCUUGUGCUGAGCUUCACCCACAGCUCGCUCACCAUCAUCCGGGCCGUCGUGCAGGAGAAGGAGAGGAAGCUGAAGGAGUACAUGCGCAUGAUGGGGCUCAGCAGCUGGCUGCAUUGGAGCGCCUGGUUCCUCCUGUUCUUCCUGCUCCUGCUCGCGGCCGUCUCCCUCGUGACCCUGCUCCUCUGCGUCACGGUGAAGAAGGACGUGGCGGUGCUCACUCACAGCGACCCCUCGCUGGUGCUGGUCUUCCUGCUGUGCUUCGCCAUCUCCUCCGUCUCCUUCAGUUUCAUGGUCAGCGCCUUCUUCAGCAAAGCCAACAUGGCGGCCGCCGUAGGCGGCUUCCUGUUCUUCUUCACCUACACCCCGUACUUCUUCGUUGCCCCCCGGUACAACCGGCUGACUCUCCGCCAGAAGCUGCUCUCCUGUCUCCUGUCCAAUGUUGCCAUGGCGAUGGGAGCCCAGCUCAUAGGAAAAUUUGAAGCGAAAGGUGUGGGCGUCCAGUGGCGAGACCUCCUGAGUCCUGUCAAUGUGGACGACGACUUCUCCUUCGGGCAAGUGCUGGGCAUGCUGCUGCUGGACUCCAUCCUCUAUGGCCUGGUGACCUGGUACGUGGAGGCCGUGCUCCCAGGGCAGUUUGGCGUACCCCAGCCCUGGUACUUCUUCAUCAUGCCCUCAUACUGGUGCGGGCACCCGCGGACGGUCUUAGGAAAAGAAGAGGAAGACGAUGACCCAGAGAAAGCGCUCAGAACGGAGUACUUUGAGGCUGAGCCAGAGGACCUGGUGGCCGGGAUCAAGAUCAAGCAUGUGACCAAGGUGUUCAGAGUGGGGAACAAGGGCAAGGCGGCCGUCAGAGACUUGAACCUAAACCUGUAUGAGGGGCAGAUCACGGUGCUGCUAGGCCACAACGGCGCGGGGAAGACCACCACCCUCUCCAUGCUCACGGGUCUCUUUCCCCCAACCAGCGGACGGGCGUAUAUCAACGGGUAUGAGAUUUCACAAGACAUGGUUCAGAUCCGCAAGAGCCUGGGCCUGUGCCCUCAGCACGAUGUGCUGUUCGACAACCUGACCGUAGCAGAGCACUUGUAUUUCUACGCACAGCUGAAGGGCUUGUCCCGCCAGAAGUGCCCCGAGGAAGUCCAGCGGAUGCUGCACGUCCUCAGUCUGGAGGACAAGCAGGACUCGCUGAGCCGUUUCCUGAGCGGCGGCAUGAAGCGUAAGCUCUCCAUCGGCAUCGCCCUCAUAGCGGGCUCCAAGGUGCUGAUGCUGGACGAGCCCACCUCGGGCAUGGACGCCAUCUCCAGGAGGGCCAUCUGGGACCUCCUGCAGCAGCACAAAAGCGACCGCACCGUGCUGCUGACCACGCACUUCAUGGACGAGGCUGACCUGCUGGGGGACCGCGUGGCCAUCAUGGCCAAGGGGGAGCUGCAGUGCUGCGGGUCCUCGCUGUUCCUCAAGCAGAAGUAUGGUGCGGGCUACCACAUGACGCUGGUGAAGGAGCCUCACUGCAACCCCGAGGCCAUCUCCCGGCUGGUGCAGCACCAUGUUCCCAGUGCCACGCUGGAGAGCAGAGCUGGCGCAGAGCUGUCCUUCAUCCUCCCCAAGGAGAGCACGCACAGGUUCGAAAGUCUGUUCACUAAGCUGGAGAAGCAGCAGCAGGAGCUGGGGAUCGCCAGCUUCGGGGCCUCGGUCACCACCAUGGAGGAGGUCUUCCUCCGGGUCGGCAAGCUGGUGGACGCCAGCUUGGACAUCCAGGCUGUCCAGCUGCCUGCCCUACAGUACCAGCACGAGAGGCGGGCAAGCGACUGGGCCGUGGACAGCCACCUGUGCGGGGCCAUGGACCCAACCAAUGGCGUGGGCUCCCUGAUCGAGGACGAGUGCACCCCCGCCAAGCUCAACACUGGGCUCGCCCUCCACUGCCAGCAGUUCUCGGCCAUGUUCCUGAAGAAGGCCGUGUACAGCGUGCGUGAGUGGAAGAUGGUGGUGGCCCAGGUCCUGGUCCCACUGACAUGCGUCACCCUGGCGCUCCUGGCCGUCAACUACUCCUCUGAGACCUUCGACGACCCCAAGCUGGAGCUGACCCUGGGCGCGUACGGCAGAACCGUCGUGCCUUUCGCCGUUCCCGGGGCCUCCCGGCUGGAUCAGCAGCUGUCAGAGCAUCUGAAAGACAUGCUGCAGGCUGAGGGCCAGGAGCCGCGGGAGGUGCUGGGUGAUCUGGAGGAGUUCCUGAUUUUCAGGGCCUCUGUGGAGGGAGGCGGCUUUAACGAGCGGUGCUUGGUGGCCGUGUCCUUCAGAGACGUCGGUGAGCGGACAGUGGUCACUGCCCUGUUCAACAACCAAGCAUACCACUCCCCAGCCACUGCGCUGGCCGUUGUGGACAACCUUCUGUUCAAGCAGCUGUGUGGCCCCCGGGCCUCCAUCGUGGUCUCCAACUACCCCCAGCCCCGGAGCGCCCUGCAGGCUGCCAAGGACCAGUUCAAUGAGGGCCGGAAGGGAUUCGACAUCGCCCUCAACUUGCUGUUUGCCAUGGCGUUCCUGGCCAGCACGUUCUCCAUCCUGGCGGUCAGCGAGAGGGCCGUCCAGGCCAAGCACGUCCAGUUUGUGAGCGGGGUCCACGUGGCUACUUUCUGGCUGUCCGCACUGCUGUGGGACCUCCUGUCCUUCCUCGUCCCCAGUCUGCUGCUGCUGGCGGUGUUCAAAGCCUUUGACGUGCACGCCUUCACGCGAGACGGCCACAUGGCGGACGCCCUGCUGCUGCUCAUGCUGUACGGCUGGGCCAUCAUCCCCCUCAUGUACCUGAUGAACUUCCUCUUCUCGGGAGCGGCCACUGCCUACACGCGGCUGACCGUAUUCAACAUCCUGUCGGGCAUAGCCACCUUCCUCGUGGUCACCAUCAUGCGCAUCCCAGCGGUGAAGUUAGAAGAGCUCUCCCGGACCCUGGACCACGUGUUCCUGGUGCUUCCCAACCAUUGCCUGGGGAUGGCGGUCAGCAGCUUCCACGAAAACUUCGAGAUGAGGAAGUACUGCACGUCCUCCGAGGUCGCAGCCCACUACUGCAGGAAAUACAACAUCCGGUACCAGCAGAACUUCUAUGCGUGGAGCACCCCCGGGGUCGGCAGGUUCGUGACCUCCAUGGCAGCCUCUGGAUUUGCCUACCUCAGUCUGCUGUUCCUCAUCGAGACCGACACGCUGUGGAGGCUGAAGACCUGCAUCUGUGCCUUCCGGAGGAAGCGGGCGCUGACAGAAGUAUACACUCGGUCGUCAGCACCUCCAGAGGACCAGGACGUGGUGGAUGAAAGGAGCCGGGUCCUCGCCCCCAGCACAGACUCCUUACUGGACACACCUUUGGUUAUCAAGGAGCUCUCCAAGGUUUACGAGCAGCGGACACCCCUGCUUGCCGUGGACAAGAUCUCCCUCGCGGUCCAGAAAGGGGAGUGUUUCGGGUUGCUGGGUUUCAAUGGAGCCGGGAAAACCACGACUUUCAAAAUGCUGACGGGGGAGGAGACCAUCACGUCUGGGGACGCCUUUGUCGGGGGCUACAGCAUCAGCUCUGAAAUCGGGAAGGUGCGACAGCGGAUUGGCUACUGCCCCCAGUUUGACGCCCUGCUGGACCACAUGACGGGCCGGGAGACGCUGGUCAUGUAUGCUCGGCUUCGGGGCAUCCCCGAGCGUCACAUCGGCGCUUGCGUGGAGAACACGCUCCGGGGCCUGCUUCUGGAGCCUCACGCCAACAAGCUGGUCAGGACCUACAGUGGCGGCAACAAGCGGAAGCUGAGUACAGGCAUCGCCCUGCUUGGAGAGCCCUCGGUCAUCUUCCUGGACGAGCCAUCCACGGGCAUGGACCCCGUGGCCCGGCGCCUGCUCUGGGACACUGUGGCUCGGGCCCGUGAGUCUGGCAAGGCCAUCGUCAUCACCUCCCACAGCAUGGAGGAGUGCGAGGCCUUGUGCACCCGGCUGGCCAUCAUGGUGCAGGGUCAGUUCAAGUGCCUGGGCAGCCCACAGCACCUCAAGAGCAAGUUUGGCAGCGGCUACUCCCUGCGGGCCAAGGUCCGGAGCGACGGGCAGCAGGAGGCGCUGGAGGAGUUCAAGGCGUUUGUGAACCUGACCUUCCCAGGCAGCGUCCUGGAAGAUGAGCACCAAGGGAUGGUCCAUUACCACCUGCCCGGGGAUGACCUCAGCUGGGCCAAGGUGUUUGGUGUUCUGGAGAAGGCCAAGGAGAAGUACGCCGUGGACGACUACUCCGUGAGCCAGAUCUCGCUGGAGCAGGUCUUCCUGAGCUUUGCCCACCUGCAGCCGCCCGCUGAGGACGAGGGGCCAUGAGGAGCCGGCAAGUGUGGGGCAAGUGGCCACACAGGCAGGCGUCCUCUCCCUCCAAGUUCAUCUUAUCCUGCACCUUUCUUUCCAAUCACUGUUUUCUAUAAUGGACGUGAGAAUCAAGGCACAGUAGGGACCAGGGUGUUGGAGCCCUCACGCUGGGAAUCAGCAUGCGAACAUCCGUGUCCGAGGCAGUCGCCAAGGCCCCUCUCUGGAACUCGGGACCUGGCAAGAGCAGCCCAGCAGUCUGUGCGGGCAAGCCUCAGGGUCUCUGGGCAGAGAACCACUCGGGAAGGGGCUGCAGCUGACCUGGGGGUCACAUUUCCCGAAGUGCUCACGAGGUGAGCACCGGUGGCACCCCCACAUCUGCACAUGGCACAGAGCCUCCCUGGGGGCGAAACGGGGAGCCAGCAGGACAGUGGGCAGCAGGGCUCACCGGGUUGCCCCAAACAGACAGAACGUCGCCUGUGGCCGUCCACAAGGGAGGUGCUAGCUACGGCUCGGCUCUCGGCUUCCAAGGGGGCCUGGGAGUCACUGCUCCACAGAGUGUCCAUUCAAUGCCGGGCAGGGCUGACCCUGCGCCCAGCGCCAUCACACCAGCGUCUUCCAGGGUUGGCGGGCGCGGGGAGAGAAGGCAGUCCUUCGUGCCCAAGACUGGCUUCUGGAGAAGCCCCCAGUGGGAGGCCAGUUGGGGACCACUGCGGGACCGAGGGACCAUCUAUGGAGGACACACCUGACACGUGGUGACUCUGUCCAGAAAAUAAAGUCCGGGAGGGAACAUGA